AUGAAUGGUGAGAUUUCUAAUAAAUAUAAUAAUUAUACGGUUUCUAUAAAUGAUGAUAACAAUAGUCUACAAAGUGGUAUUUUAGAAAACAUAUUAAAUGAUGAUUUGAAUGUUACAAUUUCUGGAGUUGAUAUUGAUAACCAAAGUAUUGCAACUUUACCAAUAUCUAAUUUAGAAUAUAUUAAUGUAGAAUAUGAAUUAAUUAAUCCAUUAGUACUUAAUAAAUUGGAAAUUAUUUCACAUCAAAUUAAUUCUAUAAAAAAACAAAAAACAGCAGGAUCACCAACUGUUUUUGCAGUGUCAGAGAGUCAUAUUGUUAUUGGAACAUCAAGAGGAUUUAUUUUAGUUUUUGAUAGAAUAAGUCAAGAACUUUUAUCAUCACAUCAAUUAAAAUCUAAUUCUGGUGGUAUUUCUGCAAUUAAUUUUUCAAAAAAUAAAAAACGUUUUGCUGUUGGAACAAAUCUUGGCAAUUUAUAUGUUUUUUCUGUAAAAAUAUGCAAAUUAAUUUUUUCAAAAUUAGAAGCUGUUACUCCGGGUCAAGGUAUAAUAAGAAUAAUAUUUUUUUCACAAUACACAAUUAUAAUGGUUGAUAAUGGUGGUUCUGUUUUUGAAUAUGGUGAAGGAAUGAAAAAUUCAAAAUGUAUCUUUUCUGGAUCACAUGGUGAAGUUGUUGGUGUUUAUAUGGCACCAUUAAAUGAAUUAAUUUGUUUUACAUCAUUAAGAAAAAGUUUAAUUCUUUAUUUAAAAAAUAAUCGUCCUAUUGGUACUAUACCAUUACCUAGUCCAUCACUUGAGUAUCCACCAUUAAUAGAUUGGUUUGAAGAAUCUUCUACAACUUGUCAUUUAUGUAUGUGUCGUCAAAGUGUUGUUGUAUUUUAUACAUUUAAUUAUGUUAAAAAAAAUGAUACAUAUACGUAUGAAAAUUUUUUAAAAAAAGUAAUAUUAAAUGAUAUGCCACCAUUAAUUAAUUUAAAAUGGUUAUCAAAAUAUGAAUUACUAGGAGUUCAUGAUGAUGGAAAUAUUAGAUAUUAUGAUGUUGAAAAAGGUUUGUUAGCUGUUGAAUCAAUUGUUCCUGUUCAACUUUUAUCAUCAUCUUCUGAUUUUAAAGGUUUAGCUAAUGAUGGUAAUGUUAGUGAAGCUAUGAAAUGUUUAUCCAAAAGAGUAGUAUAUGAAACAAUAAAAUAUUUGGAAACAAUUAAUAAUGAAAGAUAUUUAUAUAUGAUUGGUAGUAAUGGUUUAUUUGCACUUACAAUUAAUCAUCAAUAUAUGCAAUUAAAUUUUUUUAUUGAAAAUGAUAAUAUUAUUUCAGGAAUAUUAUAUGGUAUUGAUUUGAUAACAAAUAGAAUAAGAGAUUAUACUGAUAAGAUGGAGUUAACAAAAUUAUUUAUUAAAAAACUUCCUGAUUUGAUAUUAAAAUUAUUAGCACAAACAAUGAAUGUUAAUGAAAUGAAAAUUAGACAAAAUGUUAAUCUUGUAUUGAAAGCAUGUAUUUAUGCUAACCUUUAUGAUACUUUAUAUAAUGUGGUUUUUCCUCAAAUAGAAAAUAAUUCAAAAUGUUUGUCAUUUUUUUUUGAGUCAUUAGAAGAAUAUAUUAUUGAUGGUCUUCUUCCAAAUCCUCCACCAUAUUUAAUUGAUAGAUAUUUAAAAUAUUUAGAAAAUCAAAAAUAUUUUAAUAUUUAUGAAUCUGUUCUAUUACAUUUUCCACUUGAAAAUUUAAAUCUUCAUAAGGUUAUUUGUACAUGUCAGGGACACAAUUUGUAUGAUGGUACUACUUAUCUUAUGAAUGAAGCACUUAAUGAUUAUGUAACACCUUUUAAAAAGUUAAUUGAUGCUGUUAAAAUAGUAAAUGAAAUAAAAGUACCCACUCCUUCAGAUAUAGCAAUAGGAAAUAAAUUACUUUUAUUAAUUGGUUUUUCAUUAUCAGGAAGAAAAUAUCCAUCUGGAAAAUUUUAUGAUAAUCAAGAAGACAGUAUUAAUGUUUCAAAUAUUAUUAUUGAAGAAUUAAAGAAAUUUGAUAAUCUUAUUACAGUUCUUCAUUUUGAUUCAAUACAAUUUUUUAAUAUUCUUGUUACAAUUCAUGAUUAUCCAUUUUUUACAAUUAAUGAUGGUGCCAGAUUAGCUGAAAUAAUAUUAAUUUUAACAAAAGUUUAUCAAGAAAUGAUUGAUGAUAAGUUAUGGGAAACAAUACCAAAUUUUUUUGAAUAUAUGAUACAAAUGCUUAAUAAUGAAUUAUUUAAUGUUCUUAAUGAAGAGAUAAUUAAUUUUAUUUAUUGGAUUAUUGAUAAUAAUAAAGAAGAAUUAUUAUUAAAAGAUAAGCUUGAAGAAGGUAUAAUUAAAGUAUUAGAAUGUUUAAAAAUUAAUUAUUGUAAGAUGUCAGAAUUGUUAGAAAAAGCUAUUAAUAAAAAUUUUUGGAUGAUUCAAUGGUAUAUACAUUCUAUAAGAAAUAAUUUUAUAGAUAUUAUUAAAUGUUAUACAAAAAUAAAAAUAAAAAUGGAAGUUUUUGAGAUAAUUGAAGAUUUAAUGAAAAAACUUGAUGGUGAUGAAAAAGAAAAAUUUUGUAUAUUUAUACUUUCAUUUAUACCUCAAUUAAUUGAAGUUAAUGCAUAUGAAACAGCCAACCUUGUUUUGAUACAUUUCCCACAUGAAAUAGAAAAUAUGUCUUUAGUAUUAUUAAAACAUUUAUUUGAAAUAUCUAAAGAACGUGGAUUACAUACAUUGACAGAUGAUAUUGAUAAAGAUUCACAAUUAUUUAUAAAAUAUAUAAAAUAUCUUAUUGAAAUAAAUGAGGAUAUUGAUCGCAAAUUAUUAGAUCAACUAAUUUAUGAUAAUGUUAAAUAUUGGAAACCAUUAACUACCAAAACUGAUGAAUUUUUUUAUAUUGCUAUUAAUAAUAUAUUAGUUUUAUCUGCCGUCCAAUUAAUGGAAACAUCGCAAAAUGUGGAAAAUUAUCUUGAAAUAUUAGUUGAUGCUUUUUUUAAUGAUAUAACAAAAGAGAAAGGAAAAGCUUUAUUAACUGUUCUUAAAAAACAUCCAAAAAUUGCUAAAGAAAAAAGAUGGUUAGAAGAACUUUUUAAAGAAGUAAUGAAUAAACCAUAUUUAGAAGAAUUCCGAUGGGAAUGUUUAGGAUAUUUUCUUAUUAAUGACAUCAAUAGUUUAGAUUAUAUUUUAAAUUAUCUUUCAAAUACAUUUAUAAAAAAUAAUGAUGAUCCAAUAACAAUAAAAAAUACUAUAGAGGAAUUAAGUAAUUAUUUAUCUGAAGAUUUAAUGAAUUCAGAAAUUAUAUUAUCUUCAAAAAAUAAUGAAUUGAAACUAUUGAUGAAUGAGUGUAAAGAAGUAUCAGUUAUGUCAAUUUCAAAAAAACCAGUUACAUUCUCAUGUUGUGUUAAGUGUGGUGAAUUAAUUAAUUCUCCAGUUUAUGUAUUCCCUUGUUCUCAUAUAAUACAUCAAAGUUGUAUAAAUGAUUUAUCAAGUACCUGUUAUUGCCAUAAUUCCCAUGAAAUUUUAAUUGAAAAACCCAUUGAAGUAAUAGAUAAUGAUUUUAUGAUACGAACAAUUUUAACAUCAACCAAAUCAAAUGAUAAAAAGGUUAAUUCUUUAUUUGAUAAAGAAAAUUUAAAAUUAAAGUGUGAACCAAAGAUUAAUAACACUAUUUAA